ACACUCCGAGAUUGACAACCACAAUUAAAAUGUUCCUGUUCGAACUGUUAUCUGAAAAUUUCCACUUCUCCAAAUAGGUGUCGUUACUGGUAUCUCCCCACCUGAGCUAGCUGAGCCGUAUUGUUCUGAGUGUCGAUUGUAUGCGAGAACCGUAAUAAAUAGCCAAGCAUACUAUAUAUAUCAACACAAACUGGAGAGUGUAACAACAGACACUAUUGCUCUACCAUUUUGUCAAGUAGAUUCACGACGAGGAAUGUAUAAGAACUAGCAAAGGCACAGAAAGUCACCACACAGCAAGGCGUAUGUAUCCAAUGAGCAUGAAACAGAUGAAGUAUUCAUAUCAGUUUUGUCAAGAAAAAAAAAAGGAUCCACAAGUACUAAGUAGAAAAGGUUGACAUUCUAAACAAGAUAAAGUUGUAACCUGCCAAGUGUUAUAUUCUGACAGUUCAUCUAUCAAAAUGAUCCUUGUUACUGUGGAUACAUUCUCCCACAUUUCUACAGGGAUUGCUGUGCUUGGUUUGAGUUUGAAUGCAGUGUUUUUAUUCAGCCUUAUCUGCAGCAGAAUAUACUGCAAACUCAAAAGACACCCUCUGCUGUAUAAUCUCAUUUUUGUCCUCACAUUUAGCUGCUAUGUGUUGCUGGGAACAUCCUUCAUUCUUCAUGUGCUCAGAGGAUAUCUGUCAGAUGAAGAAAAACAUCUAUGUAGAAUUGCUGGAUUCUUGGGAACAUUUUCAGCACAAAUUAUCCUAUGGCUGGUGCCAACAAGUACCUCUCUUCUUUUCAUUUCCCCAUCUUCACAGAAUGAAAAAAUGCAUAUAUAUAAUUACUGCAUCAUUAUAGUAACAAUUACCAUUUUCUCUGCCACUGUGACUGCGCUGCCUUACAUGGGUUUACCUUAUUUUGAAAGUUCUUAUGAUGCCACUGCCAUACCAUGCAGUCCACUACAGUUACCCCAUGAAAAGGGCUGGGAAUAUGCAGUGAUAGUGCUGUCCAUAAGUUGGAUCAGCAUCUUUACAGGGCUCUGUUUUGCUAUAGCAGCAAUAGCAAAACUGACAAUUAAAAACAACAGGGUACAAAAAUACAAUGUUGCAAAGCUCAGGACGAUUCCUUCCAAUAAAGAGAUGGCAGUCAAAGUUCUCUUACCAGUUGCAGCCAACUUGAUAUGUUGGACAAUUAUUUUAACAGUGCUUACUUUAUCCUUCAUCGGGGAUUACAACAUUAAUGAUGCCCAAGAGCUGUGCAUUUUUGGAUUGUGUGUUAGUCUUACAACAGUCUUACAUCCGUGUGCCAGUUUGUCUAGUAUGAAGUGUUGCUGUGGACGUGUGACACAGAGACAGGAGGAUGCACCCUUUGAACUGGAAGACAUGCAAGUUUUGUCAAUAAACAAGAAGAAUGGGCCCUCGAAAUUUAAAGUAAAAUGGCUUCAGGGAGAUGAAGGUCUGGUAAAACAAGGGACAGUGAAGCUCUAUCCUCCACAUUUGAGAGACAAGUGGACCACUGAGAAGGCGGUGUAUGACAGACUUGUCCUGUCAGAGCAUGAGAAUCUUGCACCAUGUCUGUGGAGGGCUAAUCAUUUCCACUUCCCAAGUGACAUUGAGAGUGUGGAUUACAACUGGAUGCAAAAGGAGUCUAGAAUAAUCUGUCAACCUUACUUCCAUCUUGCCAGACUGUAUGACUUUUUGCAGCACCAUGGCCAUGCUGUGACAGAGGUGGUCCUGCAUAACUUGACAGCAGAUAUAAGCAGAGGCUUAGCACACCUGCAUGAGCUGGGCAUUGUCCAUAAUAACUUGACCACCAAGACCAUAUUUGUCCAGGGAUCACUACAGACCAAGUCCCUUCAGGCAAUUAUUGGAGACUUUGAAAAUGCAACAGUUAUGAAAAUGCCAAAAUUUCACAAAAAGGCAAUUAGAGAAAUGGAUUCUAAUCCAUUCAAAGCAGACAUGAAAGCUUUGGGAUUGAUCAUAUUCGAAAUGCUGGGUGUAUUAAAUCAUCAAACACCCUCAGUCACUCACUCAGCCACUGGAGUAACCAAAAGCAAUCAAAAGAACAAACCACUUUCUAAAAAUAGGACCAAGAAACUUCCAGAUAUUGUUACGUCCACAUUACAUCCAGGUUCUCACUCAAAAGGUAGAAUUGGCAGGACAAGGAAAAGAACUUUACCAGAGGUUCCGUCACACAAAAAAGAAAAGGUCCAAAAUUUGUACAGCAUCGAUGAAGAUGAUGAUGCAACAAAAUAUAAUCAGCUGGCAACAAAUUACAAUAAAAACAUGGAAGGCAAUCAACAGACAUUACCCAAAGAACAUUUUCAAAGUAGCUACAAGCUUUGUUAUGAUACUUUGUCCAUUGCUAGUGUCGAUAGCAUACAGUCCAGAGACAGUCAGAUGACAACCCAGCUCUCCACUGCCAGAGAUCCCAAUUAUGUUGAGCCAAAAUCAUCAAGAACCUCUGGACAUGGUAUCAGACCUAAAAGAAAGCUCCCCUUGUUACCACGGCUACAGGAAGCCCCAGAAGCUGCAAGUGCCUUUAUUCCAACUCAGCUACAUACAAAUCUCCAAAAUGAAAACCUGCCCAUCAAAUCUAAAUUUACCUCGUUCACAAAUGCAGAAGUCCACACUGCAUGUGCAACUGGACAGCACCAGCCCAGAUCAAAAAAGGAUUGUCAGCCUCAAUUUGUAAAGAAGCAGACCAGUCUCAUUACAUCAGGGUUUGAUACUGCUGAAAUGCAAAAUGGGAAAGGCAUAAGGAGUACUAAUCCACAUUUAUGCAGCAUCCAUAUAUCCAUCUCCACAAAUGCAGCAACUACUCCAGAAGACAGUGCAGAAAAGAGAAACUCCUCUACCUCUCAAGAGAGCACGUGCAGCCAUGACAGUGGUGUGGUGCUGAGACCAGAGGGACUACCACUGGGAACACGACCUGGGAUGUACUUCAAAAAUGAACCUAGAACAAGAAAAGGAAUAUACACUCAACCGCUGAGAAGCAUGGGGGAAAGUCACUCAAUUUUAAGUGGAUUCAUCCAGAAACAGAAAGCCCGUCACAAAACUGUCAGACCAAAUGUAAAAUUGAGCUCCAGCAGUGCUGAAAAUGGUAAUGUCCCUAAGAACAGAUAUUCUGUGGUUAGUACUGACUCUGGCAUUAGUUAUGGUCACAGCACCAUACCCAGUCCUUUUUCCCAAAGGCAUAGCAUGGCAACAGAUUCUGACAGUGUGUUUGGUAGUCAGCAGUCACUUCAUGGGGGCAGAAACAUCGACACUGGUCAGUUUGCCUUGACCAACAGUGACCUCUCCUCAGUGAAUUGCUAUGAAAUGAAAAAGAUUCCCUCUUCAUCUAAAUCUGCAUCACUCUCCCAAUACAAAAAACACAAUCGUUCAGAAUCAAAUCACAACAUUCAUACCUCGGAGAAGUCUGAUGUUAAGCCACAACCAUGGUGUUCAAGGGAAUCUCCACGCUCUCGCUCAGAAUCCACUUCAAGCAGAUAUCACGAGAGUCCCUAUCUGCCUGUAAGUCCACCAGACAGUUUCUACACAAGCAGAGAAGACCUGUAUGUCAGGAUAUCUGAUGUCCAGUCUUUGAAACACAAUAUCAUCCUCAAUGAUUCUGAUGACAAAUUCAACAAUCCAGAUGCUGAUAAGCAAAAUACAACUCAGACUGGUAGCAAGUCUUUAGCAGAUCCGAUUGCCGAGAGGUACGACUUACCAGUGCAUCUCAAGGGAGUUAAUACUGAGCAACCUGUGUACAGUACACCUUCAGCUAUGUCCAAAUCGAACUAUGCCAGCAGUAAACCAUUACCAGGUAACAGACCAGGAAAACAUCAGGCACUUUCACUUGAAACAGAUACAGAUGGGAAGUCGUCUUUGUCAGAGAAGAGACUUAUUCCACCAAAAUCUCCCCUCACAGAGGAAUAUCUCAGGAAACAAAGGAUUCUUCCUAAACUGAACAGUUUAGGCCAGGAUAACAUCAAAGAUGAUGAGACAGAUUUUUGUUGGGAUGACACCUAUGAAGAUUUUGCCUUACCACAUCAGCGUAAGGUAUCUGGCCACCUGGUGUCCAAUAAUAAGGCACCGCAACGGUCACUAGUGGACAGAGUUAUAGACACUCAGGAAUGCAAUGUUAAACCACCCAAAGUGACCCAGCUGAGAGACUCUGACACUGAAUCUGUUAGUUCACUAAUAUCUGAUGCCAAUUUAAUUAUACAGAAAAUGAAAUCCUCGAACACUUCAGUCAAAACUGGCCUCAGCAAUCUGGAAGAGGGUUAUGAGAGUGACACAUUGGAAACCAUAUAUUUACCUGGCCAAGAAAGUACCGGUGGGUAUAAAAACGACUCUAAACCCCACUUAGGAAACAGACAAAAACUGAACAGAAGUGUCACUUUUUGCUGGGAUGAAACCAAAUCUGCAAACCGCAAAGUAAAAUUGAAGAACUUAAAAAGACCUGUGGGAAAGAAGAACAUGGAACCACUAGCGAGUGGCAAUCUUUCCAAAAACUAUGCUAAAUUUUUCCCAGCCAAACCUGCCAUACCUACACAACACCUGCAUGCCAUGAAAAGUACAGGGCAACUAGGAAUAUACGGAACACAGCUUCUUGCAUUGUGUGAAGAGUGUUGGGAAAGUUCUCCUCCUUCUGAUGUUGUGGCAGGAAAACUUCAGCAAAGUUCCCAGGAUUACUAAGACUGGCAAUAGCGCCUGUAUACAGA